CUACUGGAUCUCUGAUAUUUCUAACACAUGUGUUAUCUUCCUCAGAUGGCAUUGGCUGGGAUAUUUCCUUUUAGUGCGAUUUGCGUUGAGCUUUCGUCUGUGGUUUAUAGCUUGUGGGGUUAUGAGAAUUACACUCAGUACAAGUUUCUGUUUGUAACCUUCAUUCUUCUUCUAAUCAUCACUGCUUUAAUCAAUGUGGGCUUGAUUUGUUGCAAGAUUGUUUCUAAAGAUCACAAAUGGUGGUGGAGGUCAUUUGUGUAUGGUGGAUCAAUUGGAUUGUAUGUUUAUGGGUUUUGCAUACAUUACUUAUUGUAUAAGAGAUCAGAUAUGUCAGGUUCCUUACAACUCUCAUUCUUCUUAGGAUACAUGGCUUGCAUUUGCUAUGCCCUUUUCUUGAUGUUUGGUAGUGUUGGUUUCUUAGCCUCUUAUCUCUUUCUUCGCCAAAUUUACCAUUCUCUUCAUUACUCAAAAACUUGAUAUAGCUGAUGAGAUGAGAUGAGAUAAUUGUAUUACAUCUUUUUUUUAAUUAUUAUUAUUAUG